AUGAUUGUGUGUCCCACAUCCAGAGCCACCAACAAGCAGCCAGCCAACGACACAGCUUCUUCCAAAAGCUGCCCCGUGUCCCCCAGGGCAGGACAGCUCACUCCACUCUCUCCAGGCCUUCCUGAGACUCCAGGAGCUGAGACCAAAGACUCCAUGUCUGAACAAGAGCAGAGCAACUCCACAUCACAGAUGCCCCAGACUCUGAUGGAGCCCCAUUUUGAUAGGACUCCAAGACCUUGGGAAAGGGACAUUCUGGACGACAGACCAGGACCUGGCCACUGGGCAGUCAGCACCAGGUUACUCUCCUCUCUAAGAAAUAAGAUCUCCAACAGUGGCUGGAGGAAGUCCUGUGAAGCCACUGGAAACACCAGGAAGCAGGAGCCAGAAGAGAAUAAAAUUGUCAGGGAGCUCCUGGAGACUGAGCAGACUUAUGUGUCCCGCCUCCACCUGCUGGAUCAGGUCUUCUUUGAGGAGCUACUAAAGGAGGCUCGAAGCAGCAAGGCUUUCUCUGAAGACAUCGUCAAGCUCAUCUUCUCUAACAUUUCCUCCAUUCACCAAUUCCACUCCCAGUUCUUCCUCCCAGAGCUCCAGAGGCGUGUGGAUGAAUGGGUUGUCAUCCCCCGCAUUGGUGAUGUGAUCCAGAAACUGGCACCCUUUCUGAAGAUGUACGGUGAAUACGUGAAGAACUUUGAGCGGGCAGCAGAGCUGCUGGCCAUCUGGACAGAGAAGUGCCCACCCUUUCAAGAGGUCAUCACUCGAAUCCAGAACAGCGACAUCUCUGGCAGCCUCACCCUGCAACACCACAUGCUGGAGCCUGUGCAGAGGAUCCCUCGCUAUGAGUUGUUGCUGAAGGAGUAUGUCCAGAAGCUGCCCCCAGAUGCCCCAGACCGGGCUGAUGCCCAGAAAGCUUUGGACAUGAUCUUCUCUGCUGCUCAGCAUUCUAAUGCAGCCAUCACUGAAAUGGAACGUCUGCAGAACCUGUGGGAUGUGUAUCAGCGUCUUGGCCUUGAAGAUGAUAUUGUGGAUCCCUCCAAUGAAUUGCUGCAGGAGGGCCCCAUCCAGAAGAUCUCCUUCAGACAUAGCAGCACCAUGGAGCGCUACUUGUUCCUGUUCAACAAUAUGCUGCUGUAUUGUGUGCCUAAGGUGAUCCAGGUUGGGGCUCAGUUCCAGGUGAGGACCCGAAUCGAUGUGGCUGGGAUGAAGGUCCGAGAACUGAACGAUGUGGAAUUUCCUCACUCAUUCUUGGUGUCAGGAAAACAGAGGACCCUGGAACUUCAAGCCCAGUCUCAGGAAGAAAUGAAUACCUGGAUCCAGGUAACACCCUUCACCCAGCCUGGGAACUGGGAUUGGGGAGAAGAAGGCAGUGAGAACCUUGUUCCAGCCCUUCUAGCCUGCUAG